AUACACAGUGGACCCCUCAAGAUCCCCAAUAAAAGUACAACAACGGCGGCUAACCGGACCUCCAAGAAACAAAAUUUUCUUUACAGUUCAGCUGGAACCCUCCGAUUCUGUAUUUGUAAAUCUUGAAUCUUUAAUUUUUUUCCUUCAAAUUUUGCUAAUAGAGAAAUCCACCACUACAUUCUUCUAGACUUCUCUCUUCUCUCUUCUCUCUUCAACUCUCUCUUCUUAUUCCUCUCAUACCUUCUUCAUCCUUCUGUUCUUUCGCCGAAACUCUUGGAGGGUUCUUGUCCUUUAUCUCAUUUUUCUUAGACACGCAAGUCUCAAUCUUUUGUUCUGUUUGUCUAAACCAUGAAUUACCCGCUCAUUUGUAACAGCAGCUCUUUUAAUACAAUCAGUCCAAAGGUUCCAAGAGUCUGGAAUUUCAAUGUCAAGCCUAUAUUUUGUACUUCUUUUCACAGCAAUAAUCCUAGUAACAACACAAUUAACAGACACUUCAAGCUACCCUUGAGUGAUCAAAGUAGGCCAGUGUUGAGUCCCAAUAUAGAUAGAAUAGGGCCGGGUGAAGUUUCUGUGAGGGGAACCAAAAGGGGGAGGGGAGGGAAGGAUGUUAAGAGAAGGUUUGGGGAAGUGGGCAUUGGACAGAUGUUGGUUGUGUGUGGGUUGGGGUAUUGGGUGCAAGGUUUCAGGUGUUUUCCCUGGUUAGCUCUUAACUUUAACAUGGCUCAUAACCUUAAUUUGCAUCCUUUAACUUUGCAGCUUGUGCAGAACACUGGAAAUCUUCCCAUGGUGGCCAAACCUCUUUAUGGGAUUCUCUCUGAUGCUCUUUACAUUGGUGGUGCUCACAGAAUUCCUUAUAUUUGCAUAGGAGUGCUUUUGCAGAUUCUGUCUUGGGGGCCAUUAGCAUUAUUUCCUGUUGCUGGUAAAGCUCUUCCAAGCCUGAUGGCAUGUGUCCUUCUUGGUAAUCUUGGAGUGUCCAUUGUAGAAGUUGCAAAGGAUGCUCUUGUAGUAGAAUAUGGCCAAAAACACAGAGUGGUUGGUAUCCAGUCUUAUGCCUUUAUGGCUGCAGCUGUUGGUGGAAUUCUAGGCAACUUACUAGGUGGAUAUAUCUUACCCAAGGUGCCACCUACAACCAUGUUCCUCAUAUUUGGUGUUCUGUUAUCUGUUCAACUUAUAAUCUCAUUAUCAGUAAAAGAGGGAUCUCUUGGUUUGGCUCAACCAUCACGUUACAGCCUUCCAAGAAAAUCAAUUUCAAAAAGUUUUAUGAAACAGAUAUCCAAUCUGGUUAUGGCAAUCAGUGAGGAAAGCAUAUCCCGUCCUCUUAUGUGGCUUGUAGCAUCUGUUGCCAUGGUCCCUAUUUUCUCAGGUUCAAUUUUCUGCUAUCAAGCUCAAUGUCUUCAUCUUGAUCCUUCAGUAAUUGGGAUGUCACGAGUGAUUGGCCAGUUGACGCUUCUUACAUUGACUUUACUAUAUGACUGUUACUGGAAGAAGCUUCCCUUGAGAAAAUUGAUUGGGAUAGUGCAAAUUUUGUAUGCUUCUUCCCUUCUUCUUGACUUCAUUUUAGUGAGACAGAUAAAUCUUCAAUUAGGAAUUCCCAAUGAGGUGUUUGCCCUUUGUUUCUCGGGUUUAGCCGAAACUCUUGCACAGUUUAAGCUCCUCCCCUUUUCAAUGCUUCUGGCAAGUUUAUGCCCACCAGGUUGCAUAGGCUCACUCAUGUCUUUCUCAGCUUCAACACUGUGUCUAUCAUCAAUUGCCAGUGGGUUUUUGGGUAUUGGAUUGGCUUCUGUGAUUGGAAUAACAUCUCAAGAUUACUCAAGUUUGCCCAUGGGUAUCUUGAUACAGUUCCUUGCAGCAUUGAUCCCUUUACUAUGGAUUCAUCAUGUUCCCUUGUCGCAACCUUUUUUUGAUAAGGUAGGAAAGAAAGGUAUGAGUAAAAGAACUCGAAAAAAUAGGAGAGUUGGAAAAGCAGUGCUGGAUUCGGUAUUUGUUUACCGCCGUGAAAGAGAAUCUGAGUCACAGUUCUGAACAAGUUUUGAGAACAAGGACUAGAACAAAAGAAUCUUAUGAGUCUCCUGAUCCUCAUUUCUUGUCAUCUAUCUUGAAUGAUCUUCAAUAGGAGCUCUGAGGUCACAGUUCUUGUAACUGGUGACCUGUAUGCCCAAUUUUCCUGGUCUCAUAAGAAGGAGAUUAGACUUGAAGAGUGGUUUGUGUUUUUUUUCCUUUUUUUCCACAGUUGAUAUCAUCACUUUGAGGCUGAAGCUCAAAAUUCUUGUGUAUCAUAUCAGGUUAUUUAUUCUGUAAACUUGGUGAUAACUCAGUUAAUGGAUGAUAGCAGGAAGAAAAAGCAGCUAGAUUGGCUGUUCUUUCUCUUUAAUAGAAAACAGGAAUCCCAAUAUA